AUGAAUGAAUUUCAUCACACGACUACUACUGCUGCCACGGACUCAACAAUAACCACCAAAGCCUCUCAGUCCGUCCAUAAGUUAUCUCCGAAGGCUUGUAUGGGUUGUAGAAAAGCGCAUAAAAGAUGUUCUCGACAAUUACCAACGUGUUCCCGAUGUCAGAGCAAAGGCUUGGAAUGUAUCUAUGAAGAGAGUAGUAAUAACCAUAAUUAUCAACAACCUUAUUAUUUAGCAUCAUCAUCAUUGGUGAGAACAAAUUCAAUUGGAAAUAAUAAUAACAAUGGCAAUACCAUCAAUAAUCAUCCAUAUAGUUUUCAUCGAUCCAAUGAUAGGAAUCUACUACAGGAUAGCAUAAAAAAGGUAAAAUUAAAUACUCUACAGACCUAUUCGGAAAUUAUUUGCAUGGGAACUCCUCUGUUUGAAAUGAAACAACUUGAAGAAAUGAUGUUUUUAAGUUUAGAUGAAUUGUGUAAUAAUAGAAAAGACAUUCUUUCUUUUUUAUUGAGUAUUCAAGCAUUAUGCGAGCAAAGAUUUGGCUUUACCGAUUUUUCUGAAAAAUCGAUUGUUAGAGCAAAACAAAUUCUAAGUCAUGUUUAUGAAGAUUGUGACAAUCAAUAUGUGGCAUGUACAUUUUUAAAUUUUGCACUCUAUUUUGCUGGAGAAGGAAACAAACAAAAAGCAAGAUAUUAUCUUUCAUGUGUGGACAAUUUUAUUUCAGAGUUAAAAAUUUAUGCUAAUGGUAGAAAUUUACAAGAGGCCCUUAAAGAGAGACAACAAACGAUGGGAUCAGAUGUUGUUUUAAUUUUAAAGAAUUUUCUAGUGUUUAAAUAUGUGACGGACCUCGUUGCUAGUCAAAUGAACCCACUUCCUGAUUCCAAAACGAUUGAAGAAACAUUUUCUCUACUUGUAGGUUUGUCACUACCUCAAGAAUUCAGAAAAACUAUGGCGAGUAACACUUUACAAGAUCCUAAUAUGCUCGAGGAUAGAAUUAAGGGAAUGGAGGCAAUUUACAACUUAAUUCACAUUUCAUGCAAACAAGAAGUGGCUUCAGACUUUAUUCAAUCUAUUUAUGAUUUUGUACGUCAAGUAGUCAUUGGUGGACUAAGAAUUGCUUAUAUCGCCCUUGCCAAACCUGAAGUAUCUACUGAUGUCAAUAAGUGGACGAUUCUUCUCGAACAAUCAGCGCUUCAUUUGAGUGAACUGACACAAAGUGAACUUUUUCACUUUAUUUCUCCACUUCUCACUCCGUUUUUCUUAUUAGCAUUCAAUGCUAAUCUAGAGGUUGCAAAAUUAAUAGAAAGAGGAGAACGAAGUAACAAUUGUCCAUUUCCAAACUUUGAUGAUAUGACAAGAAUUGAAGGUCUUCAUGUCAUGUAUCCCAGACAAUUGGCUCAUUCAGUUGUUGAUUAUUUUCAGGUAGUGGAGAGAGAUCUGAGAGCUCUUCGACUUCUCUCCACCAGAUACAAAUACGUCUCAGAGUUUGCUGACACUAUUGAGACGUUUUUAAGAGAGAGAAGACAAACAAAUUCACUUGCAGCAACCACGUUACACAUGUGUCAUGACUACUCUCCACCGGUCGAUGUGAAUGAUUCCUCAUCAUCAAGGAAGUAUUUCGGAUUUUUAUCCUCCUCCAUGCAGCCAUCCACGAAUCCGAUGCGACGAAGUGCAACAUAUUACACACAAAUGAGAAGAUUCAUCUCGAGACUGAAUUCGUCGUUUGAUAAGGUUUGCCCUCAGAGCAUCACCACCACCACAACUAACGAAACAAUCACGGAUGAAGACAUGAUUGAGGAAUGUUUGCAAUUCUUGCAGGAUGACGAUAUUGAGUUGGAUCCACUACUCUCCCAAAUGCUGAAUGGACAAGAAUUCAGUGAAUAUUUCUGUGAGCAACAAGAUGGCAAAGAGAAGAUCUUGUAG